AUGAAUACCGUGUUUCCAGAGAAGCAUGUCUGUGAGUUCGUUCCCAUGAGAGAUGGGAUUAGACUCCUGAAGAUCUGCUUCAAACUAAGGGGCACGGAGAGCACUGAGGAUUUUAAGACUUUAUCCCUUUACAAGAAAGUGGAAAUCAUUUUCAGUGUUUUGCAUGAUGAUUUUCACCUCACCAAAAGACAAAGUUCCCUCAUCUUACAGAAGAUCAGUGAAGGGAUUGACCUGGAGCUUCAGCUUGCUAAGGUGGCGCUUUUGCUUUGUUACUGCACUUUUAAAAAGGGCAUUCUGCUCCCAAUGGAUUCAAAUGUAGAGUCGGAAGUUACAUCCAUGUUUCGUUUUGUAAAAGAUGAUGCUGAUGAUCUGUCUUUAGACGAAGGUCUAGAUCAGUUUCUAGCCCAAGACUCUUUUAUGAACUCUGUGAACUCUAGCAGUGGAAGCAGCGGCAGCUCGCUGUUAUACACAGAUGACGAGUCUCCGAUCGUCGGCCGAUCCCAACGGCCUCCCAGAGUUCAGUUUCAAGAGCUUUGUACAGUGGCUUCCAGCUCGGACUGUCUUCUCCACAGAGUGCAUGAGGUUCUAAAGCAAUGCCAAGACUUAAAAACAGACAACUCCCAAAAAGAGAGAAAGAUUGAUGAAUUGACAGAGGAGAAUGGAACACUUACUGCACAGGUGCGAAAUGCCUUCGCUCAGCUGGCAAGAGCUGAGGAGGAGGUUGCCAAACUCACACUGGCUCACGAAUCGGCACAGACUGAGUGGAAGAGCAGAAAAGAGUUUCUGGAAAAUGAGCUAAAUGAGGCCGUCACACAUAAGGAGAGUCUGAGUGAGCAAGUUCAGAUACUUCAGGGAAAGAUCUCCGUUCUGGAGGAUGAACUACAGAAAGCUCAAUCUCAAGAGAAAGGAGAGGUUUUGGGGCCCAUCAUAGAGUGGGAGAAGCUUAAACAGGAGUUGGCAGAUCUGACUCGUAAACUCGCUCAGCUUCAGGAUACUAUUUCCCGUCUUGAGAAGGAGAAGGCAGAAGUUGAGGCUUUGUUGGCUGAGGAGAGAGGCUCUUUUGAAAAGGAAACCAAAAGACUCCAAAUGGUGGUGUUCGAUCUAGAGCUGUCCAUCAAUAGCAUCCGUUUGGAGAGAGAAACACUGCAGGAGGCUUUAUGGACACAGAAGGAAAUGCUCACCACACAAAUAUCAGCUCUGGAAAGUGACGUUUCUCGCCUGCAACAGGUGGAAGUGCAGUUGACAGCAGAGAUCAAAAUCUCUGCAGACCUUCGCCAACAGAGAGAGGAGCUGGAGGGGAAGGUAGCCUCUUUAGAUAAGAAGGUUUACGCUUUGCAUGCUGAGAUCCAGGGUUUGGAAGUGGAAAGAACAUCACAGCAGGAUGCUCUGAAUGCCCUUAUUGUUGACUUGCAAAGUGCCAGAGCCACAGUUCAGGAUUAUGAGAAGAAGCUGGAAGAGCAUCAGAAAGUGGUGCAAGAAAAUGAAUCCCUGAAAAAGAAGGCAUGCACAUUGCAGCAAGGUCUUGAUGAGCAUCUGCAGUCCACUGGAGACCUUCAGGAGCAAAUAAAUAUUCUCAGACAGGAGAAAACAGAGGAGGAGAAAAAGGUUAGUCAGGCUUUGACAGAAAUCAAGAGUCUCCAAACACAAAUUCUGGAUCUGUCCCAACAGAUUUCCCUAAAAGAUGAAGAAAUCAGAAAUCUGAGGAGCGAGUAUGACAAUGUAGGCCAUGAGCUGAAGCUUGUAAAGGAACACAAUAUUGAAAUAAAUGAAAUGAUCAAAUCAAAUCACAAAGAGCAUGAAGACACUGUUAAGAAACUUCAGCAAGAGCUCAACUCUGCUUCUUCAAUUGCUUCAGAAAAACAAGAAGAGAUACUGGUUCUGUCAGUGGAGGUAACAUCUCUUAAAGAGCAGAUCUGCCGUUACAAUGAAAAUGAAGUGCAGAAACAGCAAGAAUUGUCUGUUUUAGAGGCACAACACAAUGUGUUGAAGGAAAACAUGACUUCUAUUAAGAACCAGUUGGAUGAGGUGACCGCUACAGCUUCACAGAAGGAAUCUGAGCUCCACUUGCUUCAACAGGAGCUUUGUCAUCAAGAAACCCUGAGAGAAAAAGCUCAAGAGCUUGAGAAAGCCAGUCGUGAGGAGCUUGAGAGGACUGUGAGUGAGCUUCAGGCCACAAUCCUGGAGGUAACCUCUCUUGUCUCAGAGAGAGAAGCUUGUCUGAGUUCUCUUCAAGAUGAGAUGACGGAUCAACAAUUGAGGGCCAAGCAGUGUGAAGAUGAUCUACGUAAUGAGCUGAAAGAGAAGAUUGGAAAUCUACAGGAACUACUAAAUACUGCCAAUCACGAUGCUGCGGACAAAGACCAUCUUCUGCAGUCUUUAAAUCAGAAGCUGAAGCAGGUGGAAUUGCUGUGCCAACAAAAAGAGAAAGAUGUUACUGAGAUGCACCAAGCAAAGGAAGACCUGGAAAGGAGGAUUAUUGAGCAGAAACAACAACUGGAUGAGUGCCAGCAGAAUUUAGAAAUGCUGAGAAAAGAAAGAGACCAUCUGUCCACUCAGGUAUCAUCUCUCCAAGAAGAAAUCUGCUGUUCCCAACAAGAAAUGUCUGUGUUACAGGCUGAUUACAAUGUUUUGAAGGAAAACUUGUCUGCUCUUCAGAACCAGUUGGUGGAGGUGACGAAUACAGCUCCCCAAAAGGAAUCUCAACUCCUCUUGCUUCAACAGGAGCUUUCCCAUCAAGCGACCCUAAGAGAAAAAGCUCUGGAGCUUGAGGCAGUCAAGCGUGAAGAGUUUGAGAAAAAGGUGAAUGAGCUUCAGGCCAAUAUUGUAGAGGUCUCCACUAUUGCCUCUCAGAGAGAGGCUCAAGUAAUUUCCCUUCAAAAUGAGGUGAAGGAUCAACAAUCGCGUGCCAAACAGUCUGAAGAUGAUCUUCGCAAAGAAUUGGAGCAGAAGGUUGGCACACUACAAGGAGAACUGGAUACAGUCAAUCGUUGUGCUGUGGAUAAAGACAAACUGCUGGGCUCUUUGGAUCAAAAGCUCAAAGAGAUGGAAGGGCUUUUCCUUCAAAAAGAGAAAGAUGUCAUUGAAACGCAUCAAGCAAAGGAGGAACUAGAGAAGAGGAUUGUUGUGCUACAUGUAGAGACACAACAGCUUUCUGAGGGCCAGAAGAAUUUGGAAAUAUUAAGGAAGGAAAGAGACCACAUGUCAACUGAAUUAACUUCUCUUAAAGAGGAAAUUCGUGGCUACCAGGACACUGAAGUGCAGACGCAACAGGUGAUGUCCGUUUUAGAGGUUGAACGCAACAUGUUAAAAGAGAACAUGGCUGUCCUUGAGAAGAAGUUGGUGGAGGAAACAACUGCAGCUUCACAGAAACAUUCUGAACUUCUCUUGAUUCAAGACAAGCUUCACCAGCAAGAGAGUCUUAAAGAAAAGACACGGGAGCUUGAGACUGCCAAGUGUGAGGAACUUGAGAUAACGGUUAAUGAACUUCAAGCUAAAAUCCUAGUGGUCUCUACACUAGCUUCUGAGAGGGAGGCUUGUGUUAAUUCUCUUCAAGAUCAGUUGACAGAUCAGUUGAAGGCUAAACAGUCUGAAGAUGAUCUCUGCAAAGUGCUAGAAGAGAAGGUUGAAUCCCUUCAGGGUCAACUGGAAACUGCCAGUCAAGACGUCUCAGACAAAGACCAACUUCUGCAGACUUUAGAACAGAAGCUGAAGAAAAUGGAUCUGCUGUGCCAGCAAAAGGAGAAAGAUGUCCAUCAGGUAAAGGAGGACUUGGAGAAGAAGAUUGACAAGCUUGUUGUUGAGAAACAACAGCUGGUAGAGUGCCAGCAGAAUUUGGAAACAGUGAGAAAGGAAAGAGACAGCCUGUCAACUGAAGUAACCUCACUCAAAGAUGAAAUCCGACAUUACCAGGAAAAAGAAGUGCAGAAGCAACAGGAGAUUUCUGUUUUAGAGGUUGAACGCAACACAAUAAAGGAGAACCUGUUUACUUUCAAGACACAAGUGAUGGAGUUGACAACUACAGCUCUUCAGAAGGAAUCUGAGCUUCUGUUGCUUCAAAAGGAGGUUGGCCAACAAGAGAACUUUAAAGAAAAGGCUCAGGAGCUUGAGAAAGAUAUAAGAGAACUUCAAGCUAAAAUACUACAGGCCUCCACUCUUGCCUCUGAGAGGGAAGGUCAAAUAAGUUCUCUUAAAGAUGAAAUAAAUGAUCAGCAGUUAAGGGCCAAACAGUCUGAAGAUUAUCUCUGUAGAGUGCUUGAAGAAAAGAUUACAACCCUACAAGGACAACUAGAAACUACCAGUUGUGACGUCUCAGACAAAGAUCAUCUUUUGCAAUCCUUGGAUCAGAAGCUGAAACAGGUGGAACUGUUGUGCCAACAAAAGGAGAAAGAUGUCCUUGAGAUCCAACACUCAAAGGAAGAUCUGGAGAAGAAGAUUGGUGAGCUUCUUGUUGAGAAACAACAGCUGGUGGAGUACCAGCAGAAUUUGGAAAUGGUGAGAAAGGAAAGAGAAACCCUCUCAACUGAAGUCCUUGAGAUGCAAAACUCAAAGGAAGACCAGGAGAAGAGGAUUGGUGAGCUUCUUGUUGAGAAACAACAAAAACUUGAGGAGUACCAGCAGAAUUUGGAAAUUGUGAGAAAGGAAAGAGACAACCUAUCAACACAAGUAACCUCUCUCAGAGAUGAAAUCCGAAGUUACCAAGAAAUUGAAGUGCAGAAGCAACAGGAGUUUUCUGUUUUAGAGGUUGAACGCAACACAUUGAAGGACAACCUAGUUGGUCUUAAGAUGCAAGUGGCAGAGUUGACAACUGCAGCUUCUCAGAAGGAAUCUGAAGUUCAGUUGCUUUCAGUUGUUUGUGAGCAAGAGAACCUUAAAGAAAAGGCUCGGGAGCUUGAGAAGGAUGUAAGUGCACUUCAAGCUAAAAUACUACAGGCGUCCACUCUUGCCUCUGAGAGGGAAGCUCAAAUAAGUUGUCUUAAAGAUGAAAUAAAUGAUCAGCAGUUAAGGGCCAAACAGUCUGAAGAUGAUCUCUGCAGAGUGCUGGAAGAGAAGGUUGUAAUCCUACAGAGACGACUAGAAACUACCAAUCAUGACGUCUCAGACAAAGAACAACUUCUUCAGACUUUGGAUCAGAAGCUGAGGAAGAUGGAACUGAUGUGUCAAAAAAAGGAGAAAGAUGUAAUUGAGAUCCAACACUCAAAGGAAGAUCUGGAGAAGAAGAUUGUUGAGCUUAAUGCCGACAAACGUCAACUUGAUGGGUUCCAGCAGAAUAUGGAGAUGCUGAGGCAAGAAAAGGACUGCCUGAGUUCUCUCAACCAGUCUCUCCAGAGGGAGUGUGACGCCUCCCAGAAGAUUCGAGCUGAGCUGGAGUUGAAGGUGGAGGAGCAAAAUGGUUCCAUUCUUGCUCGUAAAAAGGCUUCCCAAAAGUGUGAGGAACAGAAUCAGGAACUCCUGGAGCAGCUGAAGACAAAGUCGGAAGCAGUAGAGCACUACAAAGCACAGGUGGAGAAGGCCAAGAAUCACUACAACGGUAAAAAGCAGCUGCUGGUGGAGGCUCAGGAGCUGAACAAAACUCUUGAGCACUCGUUGGAGGCCAGCAAGAGGGAAGUCAAAGAUCUGGAGACGGAACUGACACUGAUUCGUAUGGAACUAGACCAGGCGAGCACCAAGGAGAAGGACCUUGCGGCCAAAGUGAAAAGCUUGGAAGCACAAGUGGACUUUGCUGACAGGCAACUGCGAGAGCAGAAGAAGAUGACCAAUGACAAAGAGAACAUGAGACACAGAGAAAGUCUGUAUACCAGAGUCCAGGAGAAACAGCAGGACACCAGUACAGACAGCUUGGAGUUUGAGCUGAAUGAUUCGCUCAACGCUAACAGUCGUUCGGCAAUACCGGGUGAAUCCAGCACUCCACUGGUACGUAGUUCUGAGCGUUUGGCCGCUAAACGUCGUGCCUUGGGGGCUGAAUCCCUGGAGACUCUCUACUUCACGCCAAUGAGUCAUCAAGGCAUCAAGCGUAAAGGGGACUACAACGAUGCUUUUGAGCACAAACUACAGUCCAGCAUCACUUCCAUUGGCGAUCUUGUGGUUGACUCUGCAAAGAAGCUCACCGCUUCGGCUCGCAGGCGUCGUACUAUGCAGGUUAUCAACCUCACCAUGGUUAAGAAAGCAUCAGGAAGUGCUGAAGGCGAUGAGUCAUUUUCUAGUCUGCACUCUGCCCGAUCUCAGCCCAACUUGGCAGUUCAACAUUCACGGCCAUUCUCCAUGGACCUCUCAGAGGAAAGUGCUACAGCAAUUUUAUCAAAAGCAGACACCCUUCAGCGUCUGCCUGGAUAUCGCAGAAGCACUGUGCACAACGUUGUCCCACCAAGAGCCACUAGUACGUUCUGUAUUGGAGCAGAGAAUGAACCUGAACAUGCUGCAGAUGACUGGAUGCGCAUCGCAGAACUACAGACGCGAAACAAAGCUUGUCUGCCUCACUUGAAGAGCAGCUACCCUCUAGAGUCCAGGCCCAGUCUGGGACCCUCAUUCACUGUAACGGAUGAGGACCUGCGAAUGGGUGACCCAGAUGAGACGAUCCGACGUGCAUCCAUGAUGCCAUGUGAGAUCCAGGAGUCCCUGAACACUCGCCGCUUCUCCCUUGCGCCAAGUUCGAGCCAGAGCUCUGCCGCCUCCCAGCCCCAGCGCGCCACCAUGUUGCCGGGUCAGAUCCGGUCCAGCACUGCUGCUCACCGGGCCGCUCAGCACACAAAAACAAGUUCAAACCUACGUGCUUCAGAAAAUAAACGCAGCCCGCUGGCUCCCAAACGCCCCGGCUCUCAACUGCAAGGCCCAGACACACCUGAGACGAAGAAGCUGGCAAGUUGCUUCCCGCGACCAAUGACACCUAAAGUCAGGUUCGGCAACAGUCAAAACAGACCUCCAAACUCACCGGCCGAGCGAAGGCAGUCUGUGAUGUUCAGUGUUGUAAAUACUCCAAAGAACAGCGGUCGUGGUGACAGCAGGCUGCAGCGCGGCCUCAACAAGCUGCGUAACAGCGCCCGCAAAUCUCCCGCCAUGGCCAGUCGUGCCCUGCGUUCGGUGGUGGCCGGAAAGUCUCCUCUGGACUCCACUCUGAGAAAGUCUCCCCGAAACAAAUCCCCCAAAUCCUCCAAUGCCAAAAAGGUGAAGAUCAGGAUUAAGGUGUAAAUUUGAGGAUUUUUAACUCCAAAACCUUCUUUUUAACUUUUUGUUUUUCUUUUCUCUCUUCAAAUAAGUUAUUUUAUUAUUAUGGGAUGCAGUGGUCUUAAUUACUGUCCUGUUUAUGUAACUGGCUGUAUAAUAUUUAAGUGUAUUCCUUGUUCUGUAAUAAAGUCUUUUAUAUCAAAUCUUUGACAGGCUUUUCUGCUGUUGCUAAAUAGAAGCAGUUUAUGUAUGAAUGCAGAUACGUUUCUAUUGAAAGUUAAUAUACACUAAGAGUGUUUGCAGAAACCGUGGUUUUCA